AUUUUGAAGAGACCAAGGUUGGGGGGGGGGCUUAUUUCCUGACAGCUAUUUACUUAGAGCAAAUGAUUAGUUUUAGAAGGAUGGACUAUAACAUUGAAUCAAUUACAAAACGCGGUUUUUGAGCCCCUUACUGUUGGAGCUACAGGGAGAGAAACAGAGGGGGAGACUACAAGAGAUCAUUGGAGGCCGUGGACACACUCUUUACUCCAUGUGUGGGACAUUCAUUGCGGAAUAACAUAGCAGAAGUUUCCCAGAACUAUGGGGACUUCCCAUCCAGCGUUCCUGGUCUUAGGCUGUCUUCUCACAGGGCUGAGCCUAAUCCUCUGCCAGCUUUCGUUACCCUCUAUCCUUCCAAAUGAAAAUGAAAAGGUUGUGCAGCUGAAUUCAUCCUUUUCUCUGAGAUGCUUUGGGGAUAGUGAAGUGAGCUGGCAGUACCCCAUGUCUGAAGAAGAGAACUCUGAUGUGGAAAUCAGAAAUGAAGAAAACAACAGUGGCCUUUUUGUGACAGUCUUGGAAGUGAGCAGUGCCUCGGCGGCCCACACAGGGUUGUACACUUGCUAUUACAACCACACUCAGACAGAAGAGAAUGAGCUUGAAGGCAGGCACAUUUACAUCUAUGUGCCAGACCCAGAUGUAGCCUUUGUACCUCUAGGAAUGACGGAUUAUUUAGUCAUUGUGGAGGACGAUGAUUCUGCCAUCAUACCUUGUCGCACAACUGAUCCCGAGACUCCUGUAACUUUACACAACAGCGAGGGGGUGGUACCUGCCUCCUACAACAGCAGACAGGGCUUUAAUGGGACCUUCACUGUAGGGCCCUAUAUCUGUGAGGCCACCGUCAAAGGAAAGAAGUUCCAGACCAUCCCAUUUAAUGUUUAUGCUUUAAAAGCAACAUCAGAGCUGGAUCUAGAAAUGGAAGCUCUUAAAACCGUGUAUAAGUCAGGGGAAACGAUUGUGGUCACCUGUGCUGUUUUUAACAAUGAGGUGGUUGACCUUCAGUGGACUUACCCUGGAGAAGUGAAAGGCAAAGGCAUCACAAUGCUGGAAGAAAUCAAAGUCCCAUCCAUCAAAUUGGUGUACACUUUGACGGUCCCCGAGGCCACGGUGAAAGACAGUGGAGAUUACGAAUGUGCUGCCCGCCAGGCUACCAGGGAGGUCAAAGAAAUGAAGAGAGUCACUAUUUCUGUUCAUGAGAAAGGGUUCAUUGAAAUCAAACCCACCUUUAGCCAGCUGGAAGCUGUCAACCUGCAUGAAGUCAAACAUUUUGUCGUAGAGGUGCAGGCCUACCCACCUCCCAGGAUAUCCUGGCUGAAAAACAAUCUGACUCUGAUCGAAAAUCUCACGGAGAUCACCACUGAUGUGGAAAAGAUUCAGGAAAUAAGGUAUCGAAGCAAAUUAAAGCUUAUCCGUGCUAAGGAAGAAGACAGUGGCCAUUAUACUAUUGUAGCUCAAAAUGAAGAUGAUGUGAAGAGCUAUACUUUUGAACUGUUAACUCAAGUUCCUUCAUCCAUUCUGGACUUGGUCGAUGAUCACCAUGGCUCAACUGGGGGACAGACGGUGAGGUGCACAGCUGAAGGCACGCCGCUUCCUGAUAUUGAGUGGAUGAUAUGCAAGGAUAUUAAGAAAUGUAAUAAUGAAACUUCCUGGACGAUUUUGGCCAACAAUGUCUCAAACAUCAUCACGGAGAUCCACCCCCGAGACAGGAGUACCGUGGAGGGCCUUGUGACUUUUGCCAAAGUGGAAGAGACCAUUGCGGUGAGAUGCCUGGCUAAGAAUCUCCUUGGAGCUGAGAACCGAGAGCUGAAGCUGGUGGCUCCCACCCUGCGUUCUGAACUCACGGUGGCUGCUGCAGUCCUGGUGCUGCUGGUGAUUGUGAUCAUCUCACUCAUUGUCCUGGUUGUCAUUUGGAAACAGAAACCGAGGUAUGAAAUUCGCUGGAGGGUCAUUGAAUCAAUCAGCCCAGAUGGACAUGAAUAUAUUUAUGUGGACCCGAUGCAGCUGCCUUAUGACUCGAGAUGGGAGUUUCCAAGAGAUGGACUAGUGCUUGGUCGGGUCUUGGGGUCUGGAGCAUUUGGGAAGGUGGUUGAAGGAACAGCCUAUGGAUUAAGCCGGUCCCAACCUGUCAUGAAAGUUGCAGUGAAGAUGCUAAAACCCACGGCCAGAUCCAGUGAAAAACAAGCUCUCAUGUCUGAACUGAAGAUAAUGACUCACCUGGGGCCACAUUUGAACAUUGUAAACUUGCUGGGAGCCUGCACCAAGUCAGGCCCCAUUUACAUAAUCACGGAGUACUGCUUCUACGGAGAUUUGGUCAACUAUUUGCAUAAGAAUAGGGAUAGCUUCCUGAGCCGCCACCCAGAGAAGCCAAAGAAAGAGCUGGAUAUCUUUGGGUUGAACCCUGCUGAUGACAGCACACGGAGCUAUGUUAUUUUAUCUUUUGAAAACAAUGGUGACUACAUGGACAUGAAGCAGGCUGAUACUACACAGUAUGUCCCCAUGCUAGAAAGGAAAGAGGUUUCUAAAUAUUCCGACAUCCAGAGAUCACUGUAUGAUCGUCCAGCCUCAUAUAAGAAGAAAUCUAUGUUAGACUCAGAAGUCAAAAACCUCCUUUCAGAUGAUAACUCAGAAGGCCUUACUUUAUUGGAUUUGUUGAGCUUCACCUAUCAAGUUGCCCGAGGAAUGGAGUUUUUGGCUUCAAAAAAUUGUGUCCACCGGGAUCUGGCUGCUCGCAACGUCCUCCUGGCACAAGGAAAAAUUGUGAAGAUCUGUGACUUUGGCCUGGCCAGAGACAUCAUGCAUGAUUCGAACUACGUAUCGAAAGGCAGCACCUUUCUGCCUGUGAAGUGGAUGGCUCCUGAGAGCAUCUUUGACAACCUCUACACCACACUGAGUGAUGUCUGGUCUUACGGCAUUCUGCUCUGGGAGAUCUUUUCCCUUGGUGGUACUCCUUACCCUGGCAUGAUGGUGGAUUCUACUUUCUACAAUAAGAUCAAGAGUGGGUACCGGAUGGCCAAGCCUGACCAUGCUACCAGUGAAGUCUAUGAGAUCAUGGUGAAAUGCUGGAACAGUGAGCCAGAGAAGAGACCCUCUUUUUACCACCUGAGUGAGAUUGUGGAGAAUCUGCUGCCUGGACAAUAUAAAAAGAGUUAUGAAAAAAUUCAUCUGGAUUUCCUGAAGAGUGACCAUCCUGCUGUGGCACGCAUGCGUGUGGACUCAGACAAUGCGUACAUUGGUGUCACCUACAAAAACGAGGAAGACAAGCUGAAGGACUGGGAGGGUGGUCUGGAUGAGCAGAGACUGAGCGCUGACAGCGGCUACAUCAUUCCUCUGCCUGACAUUGACCCUGUCCCUGAGGAGGAGGACCUGGGCAAGAGGAACAGACACAGCUCGCAGACCUCUGAAGAGAGUGCCAUUGAGACGGGUUCCAGCAGUUCCACCUUCAUCAAGAGAGAGGACGAGACCAUUGAAGACAUCGACAUGAUGGACGACAUCGGCAUAGACUCUUCAGACCUGGUGGAAGACAGCUUCCUGUAACUGGCGGAUUCGAGGGGUUCCUUCCACUUCUGGGGCCACCUCUGGAUCCCGUUCAGAAAACCACUUUAUUGCAAUGCGGAGGUUGAGAGGAGGACUUGGUUGAUGUUUAAAGAGAAGUUCCCAGCCAAGGGCCUCAGGGGGCCUUCUAAAUAUGAAUGAAUGGGAUAUUUUGAAAUGAACUUUUUCAGUAGCAUCUCAGCGUUGUGUGAAGUUUGGAGAUAGAUGGACAGGGGAAUAAUAGGCCACAGAAAGUGAACUUUGUGCUUCAAAAACAUUGGUGAGAGUCCAACGGACACAAUUUAUACUGCGACAAAACUUCAGCAUUGUAAUUAUGUAAAUAACUCUAACCAAGGCUAUGUUUAGAUUGUAUUAACUAUCUUCUUUGGACUUCUGAAGAGACCACUCAAUCCAUCCAUGUACUUCCCUCUUGAAACCUGAUGUCAGCUGCUGUUGAACUUUUUAAAGAAGUGCAUGAAAAACCACUUUUGAACCUUAAAAGGUACUGGUACUAUAACAUUUUGCUAUUUUUUUUAGUGUUAAAGAGAUAAAGAAUAACAAUUAACCAACUUUGUUUAAUAGAUUUGGGGCAUUUAGAAGCCUGACAACUCAUUUUCAUAUUGUAAUCUACAUUUAUAAUAAUACUACUGUUAUCAGUAAUGCUAAAUGUGUAAUACGUAACAUGAUUUCCCUCCAGAGAAAGCACAAUUUAAAACAAUCCUUACUAAGUAGGUGACAAGUUUGACAGUUUUUGACAUUUAUAUUAAAUAACAUGUUUCUCUAUAAAGUAUGGUAAUAGCUUUAGUGAAUUAAAUUUAGUUGAGCAUAGAGAACAAAGUAAAAGUAGUGUUGUCCAGGAAGUCAGAAUUUUUAACUGUGCUGAGUAGGUUCCCCAAUCCAUUGUAUUAAAAACAAUUAACUGCCCUCUGAAAUAAUGGGAUUAGAAACAAACAAAACUCUUUUUUUUUUUUUUUUUUUUUU